GGCAGGACCAGAAGGUGGGAUAUCCAGGCCCAGGCUUCCAGCGACCCCCCCAAGCCGCCCCUCGAAGGCUUUCGAACAUCAUCAACGCCGCCUACCAACACCACCCACGCGGAACUCUAUACCUACAAAAACAUAUCACCAUGUCUGCCGAAGUAGCAUCUGGUGGCCAAGGUGGCAAUGCCACAUUCAGAGACAAGGAGAAGCCGUUGGCCGUUCGAUCAUCCAACAUUGUUGCUGCUAGAGCUGUGGCUGAUGCUAUCCGGACUUCUCUCGGCCCCCGCGGAAUGGACAAAAUGAUUCGAAGCGGUAAAGGAGAGACCAUUAUCACGAACGACGGUAAUACGAUGUUGAAGAGCAUGUCUGUCAUGCACCCUACUGCUAAGAUGCUUGUCAACCUCUCCGGCGCCCAAGAUAUUGAGGCUGGUGAUGGUACUACGUCUGUCGUAGUUAUUUGCGGCAGCUUGCUUGGUGCUGCUGACCGUCUGCUUUCCAAGGGUAUUCACCCUUCCGUCAUUUCAGAGUCGUUCCAGCGUGCCGCUGCUGCUGCCGUUGAGGUUCUUCACGACAUGUCGCAGCCCAUCUCCCUGUCAGAUACUUCUUCUCUUCUCCAGGCCGCCAACACCUCGCUUUCCUCUAAGAUUGUUUCUCAAUACUCUGGCCUGCUCGGCUCCAUGGCCGUAAACGCUGUCACCAAGACGAUUGAUAUUAAGACCGCCGAAAACGUCGACCUUAACAACAUUCGCAUCAUCAAGAAAGUUGGUGGUACCAUCGAAGACAGCGAACUGACCGAUGGCCUCAUCCUGACCCAGCCUGUAUUGCGCAACGCUGGUGGUCCUGCCCGCGUGGAGAAAGCCAAGAUUGGUCUCAUUCAGUUCCAGCUCAGCCCGCCCAAGCCCGACAUGGAAAACACUAUUCAAGUUAACGACUAUCGACAGAUGGACAAGAUUGUCAAGGAGGAGCGCCUCUAUCUCCUUAAUAUGGCCAAGAAGAUCAAGAAGGCCAAGUGCAACGUUCUCUUCAUCCAGAAAUCCAUUCUUCGUGAUGCUGUGAACGACCUCGCGCUGCAUUUCUUGGCCAAACUUGGUAUUAUGGCGAUUAAGGAUAUUGAGAGGGACGAAGUCGAAUUCAUUUGCAAGUCUACUGGCUGCAAGCCCAUUGCCGACAUUGAUUCCUUCACCGAGGAUAAGCUUGGUACCGCCGACCUAGUUGAGGAGAUUGACAACAACGGCGCGAAGAUGGUCAAGGUUACUGGUGCCAAGGCCACUGGCAAGACCGUUUCCGUUGUUGUUCGUGGUGCCAAUUCGCUGAUUCUGGAGGAGGCCGAGCGCAGUCUCCAUGAUGCUCUGUGCGUCGUACGCUGUUUGGUCAAGAAGAAGGCUCUCAUUGCUGGCGGCGGUGCUCCUGAAAUCGAGAUUGCGGCUCAGCUGUCCAAACAGGCCCGCAGCCUGACUGGUACGGAGGCCAUUUGCUGGAAAGCAUUUGCCGAUGCUAUGGAGGUCAUCCCUACUACUUUGGCUGAAAAUGCCGGCCUUAAUAGCAUCAAGGUUGUCACAGACCUUCGUCACCGCCACGAAAUGGGCGAGAAGAGCGCCGGCGUCUCUAUCAAGUCCGGUGGCGUUAACUCUAACAUCUCCAAGGAGAAUGUCUUGCAGCCUCUUCUUGUCAGCACUAGUGCCAUUGAAUUGGCUGCUGAGACUGUCAAGAUGAUUUUGAGAAUAGACGAUAUCGCACUUUCGAGAUAAGGGGGUGGGAGCCAUAAACAAAAUUAGAACUGUCAACCUUGACAAGGAUGAUGUAUGAUAAUACCAAAAGGGGAAUCAUGAAUAUGUAUUGAGUGAAUUUAUAAUCAAAGUGUCAUGAGUGAUGUUUUUGCAAGUAUUCCAGCGGCUCGCAGCCGCCGGCUGGUAAACUUGGCACCAGCUGGCAGCUGCCAAAUAAACGCAUGUUUGCGCUGGUGUCAGGUGGUGUGUUCUCUCUGAUUGCCAUGAUUGACGCUGGGCAUCAAUUACUUGACAUUACAGAGUGUGCCUUGGAAGUAUCUCAUAUAUUUAUAAUGACAAGACCCAGACGAAGUAUGCCUGUUCAGGAAAGCCUAUCUGAUGGGAGCCAAGAAGAUUCUGGCGCAGCCGCGGUGCAAAUGCAGCAACGUAUACUGCGAGUGAGCUGUUUUCAAAACUUUCAAGAAUGAUUACACCAGGUUCUAACACGAAACAGUUGAAACAGAGUCGAGAUAAACGGAUUUGCCAAGCUAUUUCCAAAUGUAGCACAAAACUUAUCAGAAUCAAAGCUCGUGUGGAAAGGGUCCGGCGAGAGGCGCAGCACCAACAGUGCGUGCUUGAGGUUCAGCGCAACGUCAAAAUUCAAUGCUGAUAUUCUCGCAGUCAACAAAAGCAGGUUAAGAAGCUGAAUAUGGUUAUUGAUCUUACCAAACAGAAGCAAAGGAUUGAAACACGCAUGGUGAAAGUUGUUGCUGAGAUAAGCAGGGCCAUGGACAAGGUGGAGGAAAUGAUGCUGAUGGGCUACAAAAGUAGAGAAAGGGCCAUUGAACAAAACAAACCCAUUUAGCACUGUUUCUCCAGGGAGAGGAUGUUGAACAAGAGGAGAACUUAUGAUACAUAAUAUUACAGUGGCUGGAGUGAUAAUGAACCGGCCGAGAUUAUCGUAAUGUUACAAAAGAAGCAUCUAGACGAAGAUGGCAAAGACGAAAAACUUUCCAGAAGUGUCAGAACAGCGAAACGUAUAGCCUAGACCUUGUAGCCAAAGCCGGCCAUACAAGCCUUGUACUUGUCGACGAAGGAUUGGCAGUCGGCAGCAGGGUCUUUGGCGUUGGAGAAAAGCAUACACUCGUCGCGCUUCGACUUUUCCUCUUUGCAAACACAACAGGGCUACCGAAAUCGAUUAGCUUGGUACUCAAUUUUCGGGCAGUGCUCUGGAUCUGUACCUUGGGGCGAGCGGCGUUGUCGGAUGAUGGCGUGGCAGCGGCGGGCUGGACGGGAGCUACGGAGACGAAAACAAUUAGCUGACAGGAAGACGGCGGGGGCGAGUGCUAAUUGACGAACGUAGAGAGGCGACUUUUGCGUCCAUUGUGAAUUGAUAUAUACUAGCGACUACAAGUGCGGUAAUUGGCGAGCUGUUGAAAACCCGUGGUAAGCAAAAGAAGCAGCGUUAACUUUUUUCCUGGGGGGUGGGUUGCCGAUGAUGCAUUUCAAAUCGUGCGCAGCCAAUCAGAGGCAUGUGGCGUGCUUGCAAACACGAC